GAUAUUAAGAAGCGUAGUAAAACUAUUUUUACAAAAAUGACGCUGAGAAAUUGAUGGCAUUUAGCACAUCAACUUGACUCGUUAAACACAUAUUGCAUCUUUUCAUAUAAAUAAAGUUAAUAUGUUACUAAAAAACUAUUUUAAAAUAAUUUAAAGGUCUAUUUAAUUAAUUGUUUACCAUAAGAAAUAGUAACGCUUACUGUGUUCGAUCACGUUAAGGGUUUGUUUACAUACGAAAUCCGCCAUUAUUAGAUUACGUCAUUUUAAAAUUAUGAUCGCGCUGAAAUCGGAGAAUGGUGUAUUAAAAAAGGAAAAAAAUGGCGGAUGAUGUAGUGGGAGAUAAUAUUGAUUUUCAUCAGACAGAAGAGAAUUCAGUAAAUAUUGAGGGUGAUAUACAUGUAGCUGGUGUUUCAAGUGACGAUGAAGAUGCAAGUACUUUAGAUGAACCAAUAUCUGCCACCCUAAAAAGAGAUUUAAGGGCUAUCGGGAAAAAAUUCUUUCAUGUGGUUAUACCUAAGCAGAGUACAUCCUUACUCAGAGAUUGGGACUUGUGGGGACCUCUUAUACUUUGCAUUAUUUUGGCCACAUUGCUGCAAAGCAGUCAUGAUAGUGAUGGCUCUCCAGAGUUUGCACAAGUUUUUGUUAUUGUGUGGAUUGGUGCUUCCGUUGUAACAGUAAACUCGAAAUUAUUGGGUGGAACAAUUUCUUUCUUUCAAAGUUUAUGUGUUCUCGGCUACUGCAUACUUCCAUUGACGCUGGCUCUUCUGGUUUGCAAGAUCAUUCUGUUAGCAAAAAACAACACCAUUUUGUUUGCCGCCAGAUGUUUAGUAGUGCUAGCAACAUUAAUUUGGUCAUGCUUAGCUUCUCUGGCAUUCCUAGGAGAUAGCCAGCCUCACAGAAGGAAACCAUUAGCUGUUUAUCCCAUUUGUUUAUUUUAUUUUGUUAUCAGUUGGCUAGUAUUGUCACACACUGGAUAAUAGAAUGUUGCCUUCCAAAUUUAUGAUAACCAUUUAAUCACCAUACAAAAGGGUCAUGAAAAGCUGCAGGUGAUAUCACUACUUAAAAUGAAAGCACUCCCGUGUUGGGGUUAAAGGGCAUCGCCAAUCAAAGCUCCUAUGUGUUGUCAAAGGAAUAGCAAAACAUUUUUUUAAAAAGUUUCGAACUUAUUUAUUUUUGAAGGUUAUAUUAAUUAUUUGUAAGCACGAAAUUCGUUGUGUUAACCAUGGAAUCCAUGUCACGAA